CCUUAUUUCAGGCCCUUUAACUCUCCGCUGGCUGUUCAGAUAGCCAAGCGCAGGGUUGAGUCAGAGUACGCAGUGGUAGGAACUUGGGAGGAGACCAACAUAACUCUUACAGUUUUGGAGCACUAUAUUCCCCGAUACUUCGCUAAAGCUAAAAUGAUCUUUCAUAUGUACCAAAAGACCUUACAGAAUCGUAAUCGCAAUAAUAGAAAGCCCCAGGUGGACCCAGACGUCAGGGCCAUGGUCAGGCGUAACUUCACCCAUGAAUACGACUUUUACUACUUCUGCAAACAGCGCCUAUAUACGCAGUACAUAGCCCUCAAGCGAAAUGAAAUGGAUCGACUGCAUAACCCCUAACCCUUAAGACUGAACUUUCUAUAGUUAUUGGCAUA